UCCCCUUGUUCAAGUUCUACUCGCCUACUAAUUUUGUUCCCAAUAAGCAGGGAAGGCCAGGAGUCUCAAAUGCAAGGAUGUUCAUCCCGACUGUGCCUUCCUGCACUAACCACUUAAGUUCAGGUUGGCAUUUUGAGCACAGAGCUCUUGGCAGAUAUUUCUCUCUAGGCGAUUAAUUGAAAAAGAGUAACCAUCGUGACAGGCAGUGCAAAAUACAUGCUACCGGAUUUCAGGCCUGCUGAUUUGCAGCAACUCAUGGGGAAAAACAGCAUGCAGCAUUAGCUGGCAAGAUUUAGCUCUGAUUGAUUUCAGUUAACUUCAUGCUUCCCAUAGGCAGAUGGGGAUUAUCUAGCUCUGCCUUCAAGAAGGCAGGCAUUCGUUAAUUACAUUCAUUAAUUACAUGGACUUUGCUGAAUGGCAUUCUCAAAUGUGGGAAAAAAGCAAAAUGUUCAGUCACGUGUAUUUAUUUGUAAUAAAAAUACAAAGCCUUUAGCCAAUGAUUUAAACAAAGACUUAACUGGACUAUCAGCCUAAACAGCAGAAUCCUACGGGGAGGGGAGUUCACAGCUUAACAUUUUAGUAAGCAAUCAAACUAAACCCAGCACCUAAAGCAGAGGCCAGCACACAACAAAAAAUGCCGCUAAACACAUAUGAGCUUUAGUAAAGAUACAGACAAAUAAGGCAAACCUGGAUUCAUGAACCACAAAGUGUUAACGGCUUUGUUGUAUUAGCCCAUUUUUCCUAUUGUCCCCUUGUCUUGUUUUUUUUAAGGACAACCUGCACAGCUCUCAAUGGCAAAGCUGGCCACAAUUCUUCUGUUGUGAAAAAUCGGCAGGGGUGGGCAGAAGCUGACUUUCUUCAUGCAUCGUUCUGCUUUUUCAUGAAAACCACUGCGGAAGAGAGAAAACAGUCAUAAAAUAGAGACUGAAAGCAUCCACCUGAGACUAUGGUACCAUAAGACUAACUGAUCCUUUAAAAUGAAGACUGAAAUGCAACAAAUUGGGAGUAUUCGGAUUCAGAUCAGUUCUUGGGGAAUCCAUCACUAUGAAAAACAACAUCCUUUGAGUUUGUUUCAAGCUUUCUGCCUCAUCACCUGCUGUGCUCAUCAGUAAGCUGUGCUCCGAGCUCUCCUGGGGAGGGUUUGUCUUUGGGGAGACAUGGCCUUCCGUGGCUGGAAGUGGCUCCUCCUCUUGGGCAGGCAGAACACCUUUGCCAAGGCUUGGAGGAGCAGGAGGGGAGGCCCCUUUCUGCGCUGGAAGCGUUGCUGCCAUUGGAGUGCCGGCAAGUCUCUGGACCCUGAGGUGAGAGCAUUUCUGGAGGAGAACACGGAGGUCACCAGCAGUGGGCACCUCACACCAGAGAUACGGCUGCGCCUCCUCACCCCUCGCUGCAGGUUCUGGAAGGAAAAACCUGACCUGUGGCCUUACGGGGACCCGUUUUGGGCAAUUUACUGGCCAGGAGGCCAAGCCCUUUCCAGGUAUAUUUUAGAUAAUCCACGCGUUGUUAAAGGACGGUCGGUUUUGGAUCUUGGAAGUGGAUGUGGAGCAACAGCAAUAGCUGCUGUGAUGAGUGGUGCAGCGCAAGUCCUUGCUAAUGACAUUGACCCUAUUGCAGGAAUGGCAAUGAUCUUGAACUGUGAACUGAACCACUUGAAUCCCUUCCCCAUCACCAUUAAGAACAUCAUUAAUUCAGAAGCCGGCAACUGGGACCUCAUUGUACUGGGAGAUAUGUUUUAUGAUGAACAACUUGCCGAUGGUCUGCAUCACUGGCUGAGGAAACACAUCAGGAUCCAGCAAACAGAAGUGCUGAUUGGUGACCCUGGCAGGCAUCAGUUCUUACGCCACAGCAUUCGCAGUCAGCUGCACAAAGUUAUAGAAUAUUCACUUCCUGAGUAUACUAGACAAGAAAACAAUGGAUUAACAUCAAGUAUUGUCUGGAGUUACCAGCCCUCAAAUAGCUUAGAAAACUGUUGAAGCUGGCUUUCUAA